AUGCAGGGUCACAGGCAAUUGCAGCGGGUGCUGUCGGUGCAUUUCUCCUCGCACCCCCUCGGGCUGAGGCUGCUUGCACUGCCCCGCCCCGCGAUGCUCUAUUUCGUGUACAACAGGGAGGGCGUGGGGGUGGUGGUGGCUCACUGCCUAAGGGAAGGGGAGUUUGUCGCCCAGGGGAGCCCAACCCCUCCCCUCGCCCUUGGGGCUGAGCCUGCUGGCUCUGCCCCGCCCGGCCCUGCACUUUUUCCUGUUCAACAGCGAGGGGCUGGGGGUGGUGGUGGCGCACUGCUUGAGGGAAGGAGAGUUCGUUGCUCAGGUGAGGAGAUUGCCUGGCUUGAACACAGAGGACCCCCCCCCCCACUCGGGUUGAGGCUGCUGGCGCUGCCCCGCCCCGCCAUGCUCUAUUUCGUGUACAACACUGAAGGGGUCGGGGUGGUGGUGGCGCACGAUUUGAGAGCGGGAGAGUUCGUUGCUCAGAUUCCUCUCUACUCGGACGGUCGAAAACUGCCAACAAAUAAGGACUGUGAGCGCAUGGUGCGGGCACUCAUAGGAGAUUCAGCCAUCCCCAUAACCAUCCGCUCUGCCAAGCCCUGGAUCAUGGCCGCUCAAGUCGCCUCUCACUACCUCGCAGCACCGCCAUCGACCGUUUCCCACCACCCGGCACCAGCUCCCACUGCUUCUUCUCCCCAAUCCGCCUCACAUAACCUCUCCACACCGCUACCAACUGCUUCACACCACCCGGCACCACCAGCACUGGGCAGCGAGGGGCGUGUUUCUGGGAAGGGAUAUGACUCAUUUGAGCCGCAUGUCAUUCUAGUGGGGGAUGCGGCUCAUCGCUUCCCCCCGGCUGGCGGCUUCGGCAUGAACACGGGCAUUCAAGACGCCCACAACCUCGCAUGGAAGCUCGCUUCUUUGCUCCAAGGCACCGCCUCCCCCGCCCUGCUCUCCACAUACGAGGCAGAGAGGCGCCCAGUGGCCGUGAGCAACACACACUUGAGCGUCAACAACUUCGAGUCUGCUCUCUCUGUCCCUCGUGCGCUGGGCCUGGAACCCAACGCUGCCAGCCUUUUUUCAGCUGCCCUUUCCUCCUCAACAGCCAAUCAGUUCCUGCCACGUCAGCUCCAGGCGACCCUCAUAGAGGCUGGGCUAGCAGCAGGGCGACAGCUGCUGCUCUCUGAUUGGCUGCUGAACCGGGCCAAUCCUGUGGGAAGGGAGCGGUUAGCAGCGGUGCAGAGGAGUUUGGAAGAGGGGAAGAGCCUGCAGCUGCUGUUCCCACAGCACGACCUGGGAUUCAGGUACAAGAAGGGCGCUCUAUCCCUUUCCCCGUCUGAUAUUCGUGAAGCAGCGGAGUAUGACUCGCAAGCACACACAGCCAGCUCCACCUCCUUCUCGCCCUCCACCCUCCCCGGCGCCCGCCUGCCACACCGCACUCUCACCAUGCUGCUGCCCUCUUCUGCUGCGACAAUGGACAAACAGUCCCAAGAGCCGCAGAGUGCAAGCACCACGCGUGGGUCCAAGGGCACCCCAUCACUGCUCAAAUUCGAGAUUGGCUCUCUUAUCUCCUCCAUCUACCUCUCUCCUCUCGGUUCCAUCACCCCCACUCUCCUCCUCCCUCUCGGCCCCCACACUCCCCUCUGGCUCGCCUCCUCUCUCCGUGCACACUCCCUCACUCGCCUCCCCCUCCGUCUCGCCCUCCUCGCCCCCCACUCCUCCUCCUUCUCCCCUCUCCCCUCCCUCCUCGCUCCUCUCAGCCUCUGCAUAGAACCUGCUGGCACAGAAGGCGGUGGUGGUAACCGUGUGACAGAAAUGGGAGUCAGUGCAAGUGUUGUCUACGACCUUAUCCUUUUGAGGCACCUCAAAAGCAACUCGGAGUGCACUUCGACCUUUCCUUUCUCCGCGGCUUUCGGAAUGCGGUUCCUCCUCGUCCUUGUCGUUUUCCUCGCGGGUUGCGCUGUCCCGUCAAGAGGACUACAAGAUUCGUUAGGCAUCGAGUUCUGGGGCACCCCCGAGUUGCUUCAAGAGCGGGAAGCCAGAUUAGCCACCGAACGCACCAGAGGGAGCAGCAGCAGCAGCAGCAGCAGCAGCAUCAUCAGCAGCAGCAACGGCAGUGGUGGCAGCAGCAGCAGCAAAGAAGUUGGGGGGAUCCGGGGCGUGGCAGGGAGCGAUCGUUUCAGCCCUGCUGGGGGCAGCAGUUCACUGAACUCUGCCGAGCCUAGUGACGUUCGGAGGGCGGGAGGUUCGGAGUGGGUGUUUAAUGAAAGCCGGGUUGUCAAGGUGUCAUCUACACCCAGGGUGUAUGUGUACAAGCAGCUUCUCUCGCCAGAUGAUUGUGCGUUUCUAGUGGCAAUGGCGAAACCAAAGAUCGCUCGCCAGAGGCGGUUCAAUGCCACGUACCUGCGCAAGUACCAGAACCCUCGCCUUCGAGCCAUCGAGGACCGGAUCGCGUCCUUCCUUUUCCUUCCCAGAGGCCCGCAGGAUCGGACGCAGGUUCGGUUCAAUGAGGGUCAAGCAUACGAUGUACAUCUGGAGUUUUAUCGGGAUAACGUCGACACACAGAGGUCCGGCCACCGGGUGGCGACGCUUGUCCUUUUCCUCUCGGACGUACAAAAGGGCGGCGAAGUGAACUUCCCGCAGGGCAAGUCGGAGCACUCACAUUGGCCCUGGGACUCGUCCCUCUCACCUUGUGCCCGCCAAGGGGUUUCAGUCCCACCAGUCAAAGGAGACGCCCUGCUCUUCUUCCAAGUAACGGCAUCUGGUUACCACGACUCUUCUUCUGCCCGCCGUAACUGCCCGGUUCUCGAGGGCCCACCCAAAUGGACGGCGGAAAAAUCCAUCGCCAUCCAGAAGUACACUGCACGGAGGGAUAUGAUUGGUUGCGUGGAUGAGCAUCCAUUCUGCGAGAUCUGGGCGGCGCGGGGGGAGUGCAAAGGGUAUAAGGAUUAUAUGAUUGGGAAUGAUGAGUCGUUUGGGUACUGUCGAAAGUCGUGCAAAGCUUGUACUUCACCAGUUAGUCGAUUCUGA